UUAAUAGAGUAUUAAGGCUUUACCUGAAAUAUCAGACACUGUUUUACAUAAGUAAAUGUGACAAAAAUCAGAGGAUAAGUGGUUCUGCUCUGGUGUUCAGUCUAAGUUUCCCUUGUGUUUCCCCUUAACUGUCGAUCGAGCAGCGUCCAACCAGAAACCGACUUCAGCCCCCGUCUCUCCGCGGCACCUUGUCACCGUUACGUUGUUGACUAUUAUGGUUUGUCUCUGUCAGUCCAGCCAAUCACAGCAGCGCAUCUUUUUGGGCAAAAAUUUAAACUGUAUUUUGUCAGCUGAGCCGGAGAGGCACAAAUUGUGUCGCAGUGCCUCAAACCUGCUUUUUUGUUUGUUUGCUUCAGGACGCAUUUUCACCGAAGAGAUGUUUUACUGAGCUGGGAUGCUUAGUUUUGAUUUUUCUUUAUUAUCUAAAAUACAAAAAUAGAUUCGAGGAGAAAAUCAGUGUGACAUCGCGGUGGCUCGUUGAGGAUCUUCGAGGUCAGGAUGGCUUUUGAAAAUGAAAGGAGCGCUGUUUUUGCGCAGCUCGGCUCUCCUCUCUGAUGCGAGAAAUGACGCACUUUUUUUUUUUUUUUUUUUUUUUAGUUUGGGUACAUUUCUUUAAAAAAUGAGCGGGAAUGCACAGUGAAUGACAUCACAUGUUUCGAUAUAUAUCACGUUUUAUUGGCUGAUUUUCAGCCGUUUUUACUCUUAUUAACACUGAUGCGUGCAGCUCCGGGGAAGAGGAUGACACCUGGAGGGAGGCUCGUGUUUCACUCUCUUUCAAAAUAGAAUGGCUGAGAGGUCUGUGUCUGACCAGCUCUGUGAUGCCUCCGCCACUGGAGACCUACAAACACUCUUGUUUUUGCUGCAAAAUGGAGCAGAGGUCAAUGGACGGAACAGAUACAACAGAACUCCACUGCAGGUGGUGAGGUGGAGCUGCACUCCGGUCGUGGAGGCGCUGCUCUGGGCGGGGGCGGACGUCACCGUGCGCGACCCGGUGUUAAACCUCACCGUGACGCACGACGCGGCCCGCGCGGGAUUCGGGGAUUCGGUGUGCGCGCUGCUGAACUACGGGGCGAACGUGAACUCGGUGGACCAGCUGGGGAACCUGCCGCUGCACCUGGCCGCCGAGGAGGGCAACCUGGAGGUGGUGCAGCUGAUCAUCGGACUCACCGCGGACCCUGAGGCCGCCAACGGCGAAGGCCUAACCGCCCGGCAGCUCGCCGAACGCCGCGGGAAGAUGGAAACUGCGCGAUGCAUCGACGAGUAUUUGGGCCAGAGUGAGUAGCUUCUCCGGUGUCCAAGUUUCUGUGAAUGCACCUAAAGUGUCCGAGCGCACGUGAAGGCGGCAUUAGGUGACGACGGUGUGGAGCAGCAGCCAAUCAGCAGCGAGGCCCGUCAGCAAACACCAGACAAGAAAAGCGAGAAACACUCAAACCUCUGAACAUAAUCAGGAGCUGAAGUUUAGUUCCGUUGCUUCCAGAUGUUUGUAGGAGUUUUUCCUCUGAGUUUAUUGGAUAAAUGCAGCAUCAGGAUCCGUAUGAGUGUCUCCAAAAAGAGACGCAGAGCUGCGCGCAAUUACGCACAAGAAGCGGUGACUUCAUCAGUUCAGGUUUUCUCAGUGGCUUUGGUUCAUUUCUCAGAUCAGAAUUGAAAUUCUCCAAACUACUUGUUCAAUCUUCAAAUCAUCGUGUCACUUGUUCUCAUCAAAAAGCAGUUUCUCAUUUCUCUGAACCAGCUGUAAAUGCUUUGGUUCAUCCAUGAAAUGAUUCUGUCCAGUUCUCUGCUGUUUCCUCCAUUAUCAGCUGCUUCUGUCCUGUUGAUCUAAAUGUAUUCUAAUGGGUCUCUGUUGAAUAUUCUCACCUCCCACAACAUUUAGGCAUCAGUUCUUUAAACAAGUUGUCAGAAUAUAUCAGGAUGUUUCUAUAUAUUUCCAUUAGAGUUUUUCUAAAUCUGUCCUGAAUUGGUAAAUUGCUCCCAGGUGAAUCUUGACUUUCUCUAACGAAGAGAAAUGUGUGAAGGGUUCAGGUUUUCUGUUGCCCCAUUUGGCCUCCUCUGUGAAAAGGCUGAACUUAAAGUCUAUUCCUGUCCAUAAAUCCAUAAAUCAAUGGAUUUCUUUAAAUUAGGGAUCUUUUUUUAAAAUAGCUUUAUAAGAAAAUUCUUCCUGUGAUUUCAAAAAACAUUGCUGAACUGCAGCCAGUGUGAGAAUCAGAAGUGAAACUGAGUGAGCUUCUGAUUCUCACCUCUUUCAUUAUUACUCCGCCAAGGAACGGGCGGAGUCAUGUGACGAUCGGCGUACGUUUGUCUGUGAAUCUGUGAAUCUGUCUGUGUGAAACAUUACUGAAAAACGGAGCAACACAUUUGGAUGAAGUUUUCAGAGAAGGUCAGAAAUGACACAAGGACCAAGUGAUUAGAUUUUGGCAGUGAUGCAGCUUAUAGUCUGGAUCUACAGCUUUGUUACAGAUUUCCCAUUGGGAGAUAUAGCAGCCGGCACGGCGUCGCUGUAACCAUGAUGUGAACAACACUGUGUCAGUUACCUGCUGACGAUCACAUGAUUGCAUCCUACUACAAACUGACUGAUUUAUCAGUUGGAAAUCAUACAAGGAACAAAUGAUUAAACUGUGGGCUGUUUCUGAGUCCCAUCAAUUCCUGCCAUCCGCUACAUAUUUAGGUCAUGCAAUGCAGCAAACCCCAGCCAGACACGUUAAGUUCAGCCGUCAGCCUUAUUUUGAACACAAAUUCACCUUCCUGUCCUUCACUCAUUCCUUCACAGUAAGAGCUUGUCUCCAUUGCAGCUGCUUCUAAGUUUAGACACAUCCUUUGCUAGACAGCAACAGCUGGAACCGUUGUCUUUCAUCUUUAUGUGAAUUUUCUGACUUUUCGGCAGCGUCUUCGUCAUGCCAAGAAACCGCUUCUUAGAGAAUCACUUCCUGUGCUGCUGGAAUGGUGACAAAAUAAAAGCUCGCAACAUUAAAAAUACGUCUUCAAAAUAAAAGCAUGGCAGGAACGGUUAUUUUAACAGCAGCAAAACAAAGGUUUGCCAAAAGUGAUGAACUGAUCAACAGACUUUUAUUAGAGUCAUUUACACGCAAUUUGGUAUUCAUACAUAACAUGCACAUGCAUAACACAGCAAGGUCAUUUUUUAUUAAAGAUUUCAUCCGUCGGAAAUGAUACGUCAACUGAACAGCCUUGGAGGAGUACUGCACUCUCUGAGUGCUUUUCUAGUUUCUAAUCUGGUGAACUGCUGCUGUUCUAGAUGAAGACGUUCCUCUUUCUGCUUUUUCCUGUCUGAAUGUCCCACACUGCUUUUGACCUCAGAGUUUCAUUCAUUCAAACACACUCAUGUGGCUCUGAUUGUUUUUCUUGGAUGACAUUUGUAUUGCACCACCCUGCCAUUAUUUGUCACAGCCCUAAAGUUGUUUGCAUGAGUGGGCAUGUAUUAAUGAAAGCACAUUUGAAAGAAAGCCAGAUAAACAGGUUCAGUUGCUGUUGAUGCGUUAUGACUACUUGGCACCAAUUUUUUUUUAAAAAUAUACUUUGCAGUGAAAUUCAGACAUUUCCUCUGAGAUAGUGUUUUAAUUCUGCUUUAGCCUCAUAAAGCUCAGUGAGAGAAUACUUUCAAAGCUACCAAAUGAGGAUUAGGAGUGCUGAUUUACUGUCAUUACUGAGUUUCAGAAAGGAGACCAAGUGGAGCCACUGGAAACGAUGAGGUGGAGCACAGCAACCAAAUGUCCUCUAUCAAGCUGCUGUAGUGUGGACACUUAAAGAACUGCAUAACUUUAGGAUUUCUGUUUUUUAGAGUUAACAUUACAGGUACAGUUUUGGUUAUUUAGGUGUUCAAUGUUUCAAAAUAUCUCAAGAAAACAGAUGCAGAAGAGUUUAAAGCUAAGAUUGAAGGAAUUGUGUCUCAUUUUACAGCUAAUGCUACUAAUUGUCUGACUAAUACAUGUUGGUUAUUUAGACUUGGACUGACUUUAUUCAGAGGGAAAUUCUGUUGUUGCAGCAGCUGGAUAUUCAACAAAGGGGUAAACAAUGAGACAACACAGAAUAUUAGGGAAUGGUCUAAAGUGAAGGGAAAAGAAAAGAAAAGAAAAAUAGAAAGAAAAAAUCAACAAAAUAUGCAAGAGUGAUACAGAAAUGUGCAAAUGAGCAGAAUGUGCUUGUAGGGUGGUUUCAUCAGCAGACAGUCACAAUAAUUACAAAAAGUUGUCUGGCAGUUCACAAAAAGACUUUAUCACUCGGCCUGCUGACUGAACCACUGUACAUACACUUUACAUUGUAAACGUUAUCCAUUACAUCUGUAAACUAUCUGCACCUAUUUAUAUCAUUGCACAUUAAAACACAUCCUUAUUUGCACAUUUCUAUAUUAUUCUGUAUAUUCUUGUAUAUAUUGUUAAUUUUUCUUUUCAAUUUUAUUUGAAUCUAUUCUAUUUUAUUUUAUGUUCACUUUAUACCUGACCUAAUGUUCUGUGUCGUCUUGUUAAAUACCAGCUGCUGUAACAACAGAAUUUCCCUCUGGGGAAUAAUAAAGUCUAAGUCUAAGACAGAGUGAUAGAGUCCUUUAUGAUGUGUCAGAUGCAGAUGCAUUGAAAAGUCUUAUUGCUGUGGGGAGGAAUGACCUCCUGUAGCAUUCCUUUGAGCAGCAGGGUCUGCUCCUCAGAUUGUCCACAGUUUUACGGAGGGGGUGGGAGGUGUUGUCCAUGAUGUCCAGCAGGUUGGUCCUCUGCUCCACCUCCUCCUCCAGGAUGACCAACCACAGACUGGGCUUUCCUGAUCAGCUUGUUCAGUCUGUUGGCAUCCUCCGCCUUGAUGCCUUGACCACAGCAAACAAGAUGGAGCUCUCCACCACAGACUGAUAGAACAUCAGGAGCAUGUGGCUGCAUACUUUGAAGGGCCUGAACCUCCUGAGGAGGUGGAGCUGCUCAGGCCCUCCAGCUUGUGGACCUCCAGCUUGUGGACCUCCAGCUUGUGGACCUCCAGCUUGUGGACCUCCAGCUUGUGGACCUCCAGCUUGUGGACCUCCAGCUUGUGGUCCAGACUGACUCCCAGCUACUUAUAAGACUGGACAGGAGAGGGUGGCGACUUGUUCCUCCUCUAGUCCACCACCAUCUCCUUGGUCUUCGUCACUAAAAGGCACCACUGGGAUUCGAACCCAGGAUCUCCUGUUUACUAGACAGACGCUUUAACCAACUGAGCCACGGCGCCACGGUCAGCAGAUCGCUGGUCCAGGAAAACACACGCUGAGGUCCAUUUGACAUUAAAAAAAAAUCUGCUUUAUUUAUAAUUUAAACACUGAAAAAUCUGUCUAUGUGUGGUGAGAAUUUAUCAAACUUCGGUAACGUCUUUUCGCUGCUACUCAACUAUUCGUUGCCAUGUUUUUCUGCUUAAUGAUUAGAAAGGUCAAGUUCUGUACACAAUGGUGCAAAAAUCCUACUGUUAAACGGAAGAAAUAUCCCUAAAAACGAGAAGUGACAUAAGCAUAUUUGGAUUUCAGUAAACAAAUCAGACUUUUACAGUAAAAUAAUGCCGAGCUGUGGGAAAUUCUAGAUUUUAAACUGUAAAGCUGUGUGUGUGUGUGUGUGUGUGUGUGUGUGUGUGUGUGUGUGUGUGUGUGUGUGUGUGUGUGUGUGUGUGUGUGUGUGUGUGUGUGUGUGUGUGUGUGUGUGUGUGUGUGUGUGGCAGCUCACCUGUCUGAGGUGAGGGAAAGUUAAAGAAUUAAUAUGAGAUCCUGAUCCAUCAGGUCUCCUUGUUGGGGAUCAUUUAUUCUGAUAAAUCAAGUUACCUUUGUGUUUUGUGUGUAAAUGCGCUCCUGUGGAUCCCGCUGCUGUUUGAUGCUGCAUUUAUUUAAUAAACUCAGAGGAAAAAACACUAAAAACAGCUGGAGGCAACAAAUUAAAUUCAGUUCCUGCUCAUGUUUUCCGAUCUUUGUGCUCCUGCAUGAAGCUUCCUCUGUCUCUGGACGCACAGCUGUGAUUAAAGCUGCUUUCAAUUACACUCGGACAUCCUAGUUUCUGUAAAUGAACUUGACCCAUCAGACCUGAUGAAUAUAUGACAGUAAUAAUAGAAAGUGCCUAAUGUGAUGAAGGUGAAAUGUGGAUCUAAACGCAUGGAUUAACAGAACUAACGGAUACAGUGAAGCUGCUGCAGGCCACGGUGCCGUGUUCAGUUAAUCCGGCUCCAUGGAGCCCUAGACAUAUUGGAUUUUUAAAAUUUCUGUCUGUGUGCUUUCCUUCAGUCCACCCACACCCCACGCAGCCUUCACCGUUGCCAUGGUAACAGAGCUAACGGACGUGCGCAGAUAUCUGAACACCUGUCGUACGAAACGCUGAUUGCGCUUCCCAGCGCUGUGGCGCACCGUUUAUACAAACUACAGCUGCUGUCAUCUGAUCCAACAUCCGCAAUGUGCAAAUACGCGCAACUUUAUGUCUGUGGUCAAAGUACAAGUGUGUGUUUGUCCUUAGAACCAGAAAAAGGCCUGACAUUUACGAUGAUAGCAGCUAAUAUACACUUUUAUUCUGGGUGUUUAUGUAUUCGGCGUGUAGGAUUUCCUCGUUUGGAAAAAGGUAAGAAAUGAACAGUUUUCAAAAAUCCUACUAGUUGCAACCUUUAAAAUGUCAUCCUCAUGAAUAAAAUUAAGUUAUCCUGACGCAUUUAUAAUAUUUUAAUCACUAAAGGAGCUUCAGUCCCUUUUUGGCAAAUAGAAACCUGCUCUAUAGCAGUCAAAGUGGUCCUUUAGGAGCAUUUUAACUGUUAAAGAAUGACUGGAUUUGUUCUAAUGUAGGCCGCAGAAUAAAGCAGAGACGCACUGGUAUCUCCUCCCACAGGCUGCCAUCAGGUUUUACUUUUAAAGGACCAGUUCCAUUCUUAUAAUUUUCCACUUGCCAGACAGUGAGUGAAGCUCCUAUAAUCUGACUGAAAUGACUGAUUUCAUUCAUAUUUAAUGGUUACAGCCUAAAGAAUGACUACAAAAAAGAUCCUUUCUGUAUUUUUAUAUAUAUAUAUAUAUAUAUAAGCUUCCUUUUAAACAGGGAUAUUAGACAAUUCAAAGUUUUAACAGCAGAAAAAUGAUCAUAUUAUUGCCCAUAAUCAACCUAAAAGUCAGGCCUGGUGGUACUAUACGUUUAGACGACGCCGAGGUUUUACAAAACACACACUUCUGGUCUGACCACAGGCAUAAAAUCAUGCACUUUUGCACGUUUGAUCCAGAUGAAAGCAGCAGUGGAAGGAUAUGACACCGGGAAACACAUCUUUAACAUGGAGCUCCACAUCGGUUUCUGGCACAGAGCUGGUUAAAUGAGGCAGAAACAUGACGAUACGUGCUCUUAUCUGUUUUUGGCACAACACCGGAACGCUCCGAAGACGCACGGCGCAUCUGUCUCUCCACACAUUCAUAACAAAACCACACAGUCAAACGUUUCACUGACCUUAUGAAAAGAUUGACUAUACUGAGAAUAUUAUCAGCCAUUAUACUGGUAAACUGCAGGCUAUAAAACGAAAGAAUGAUUUCAUUUAGUGGCACGAGGUGACGGAGCCUAUUUCCGGAGCAAAGCUUUCAGUUCCUGCUGAUUUGUGAUGUUUCUUUUUGAAAAUGCUCACAAAUAAACUGCCAUGCAGAGAGAAUGCGCUGUUUGUUUGUUUUUUUAAUCAUUUCACCCAAAUACCAUUAUUUAUUAAUACAAAUUCUCUUCUGAUUUUCGAUCAAAUCAUAUUAAAUACACUUUUUUGUCCUUACGCACAGCACAAAACCACGGAAUGCAGUUUCAGAACAGCGGAAAAGUCUGAGUGGAACAGCUUUUAGAACAGAAUGAAUGUGUUAAGAAAUAUACAGUAUGAGCAGUUUUACACAGGUUUGCAAGAUAUAUUAAAAUAAAGAGCAGAUAAUCUUGGAAUUCUUUUGCCAAAAUGAGAAUAAAUGCAGGUAAGACAGCCCUAAUAUGCACUACAGUCACGGAAAACAGUGUUUUAUAGAAGUUCUGUAAGGUUUAAAUCGUGAAUAUGUAAAUUACUCCGGUAACUCACAAAAUAAAUAACAUUGCAUGGUUUAAACCUCAAUAUUUACACUUGUUGGGUUCUUUAAAAACGUCAUUCAUAUUGUUUUUUUACUGGAAGUCUCUUCGGCGCAAAGACUGCUGCUUUAAAUGCGCUCUGGGAAUAACUUGAAAUUACUAAAAAAUACAAAUAUAAUAGAAAAAUAAGAAGUAAGAACGGCAACGAUACUGAAGUAGUGAAGUAAUAUUGCAGCAAAGAAAUCAUAACGAAGAAUUGCACACAGAACUGAAACUGAAAAUAAUAGCGAGAAAGGAAUAUAGCAAAAUGUCUCCUUAAGUCUCGGGACACAAAGAGAAACAUCAAAACUGUCACCUUUAAGACAUUUUUUUUACUUUAUUUUAUUGUUUUUAGGAAAA